AUGGGCGGCCGCGGCGCCCCCGUGUGCACGGCGCACCCCGCGGUGGCCGAGGGCGGCCUGGGCCGGGAGCCGGUGCAGCUCCUGGAGGUGGCUCCCCGGAAGAGGCUGCCCGCCGGGCCCGAGCAGGACCCAUGUGGCAGCCGCCCUGCGCCCGAGGGCGCCGGGGCAGGCGCAGAGCAGGGCCACUCGGCCGGCGGGGGCGCCUGGUGCCGCCAUUGCCACACGAAGCUCGCCGAGCUCAAGCGACAGGCGUGGAAGCUGGUCAGCGGGUCCGGGACGCCGCUCCGGGACCCCUGCCUCUCCUCUCUGCUCCUGGACAAGCUCCCGGCUCCUGGCACCCUGUCGUCUUGCCGCCCGGAGGGUGGGCGCCGCUGUGAUGUCUGCACCACCCACCUGAAACAGCUCGCACGGGAGGCCCUGGGGCUGCUGCAGGCGCCUGCUGGCCGGGAGGACCCCGACGCCGCCCCGGGGGGCCCCGGCCUCGCGCCUUCCAGCCCUGGCGCCUCGGCCGGCCCGAGGGAGCCGCCGGUGGUGGCGGGCCCGGCCGGGAGGCAGCCGGGCCGUGCGGGGCCAGACAGGAGGAAGGUGCCCGCUUGGCCCUCUGGGCCCAGUGUCCAGGUGUCGGUGGCGCCCGCCGGCCUGGGCGGGGCGCUGAGCACGGUCACCAUCCAGGCCCAGCAGUGCCUGGAGGGCAUGUGGAGCGUCUCGAGGGUCAACAGUGUCCUGCCCCCCUCGUGCCUGGCAGAAGCGGCGGUGGCCGCGGUGGCGGUGGCAGACACGGUCCGGGAAGGCCCUCCCGCCGUGGGCCCUGAUGGCGUGUCGAAGAUGUGGGGCCGCGGCGGGGCCUGCACGGCGGCCCUGGUCUCCCCGGCCCCGGGCCCUCCGGCCGGGGGCCCCGCAGGCCCCUCGGCUGCAGCCUCCUUCUUCAUCAGGGCCGUCCAGAAGCUCAGCCUGGCCUCCAAGCGCAAGAAGCCGCCCCCGCCGCCCCCCGCCCCGAGCCGCGGCACCUCCGCCUACCCCACGGACUUCAGCAGGGCCCUCCAGCUGUGGCCGCCCCCGGUGCCCCCAUGCCUGCUCAGGGCCGGCUCCAAGGCCAAGGACAGCCCCGGCGGUGUGGGAAAGGUGAAGGUUAUGCUGCGGGUCUGGCCCGCCCAGGGCGCCCAGCGCUGCGCCGAGGCCGCGUCCUUCCUGAAGGUGGACCCACGGAAGAAGCAGGUGACCCUCUAUGACCCGGCCGCCGGGCCCCCGGGCAGCGCAGGUUCCCGGCGCGCCGCCACUGCCGCGGUCCCUAAGAUGUUUGCCUUCGAUGCUGUCUUCCCCCAGGACUCGGAGCAGGCCGAGGUCUGCUCGGGGACGGUGGCCGACGUGCUCCAGUCAGUGGUCAGUGGGGCUGACGGCUGCAUUUUCUCCUUCGGCCACACGAGCCUCGGCAAGUCUUACACCAUGAUCGGGGAGGACAGCUCACCCCGGAGCCUGGGCGUUGUCCCCUGCGCCAUCUCCUGGCUCUUCAGGCUCAUCGGCGAGCACAAGGAGAGGGCUGGCACCCGCUUCUCCGUGCGCGUCUCCGCCGCGGAGGUGUGCGGCCGGGACCCGGGCCUGCGGGACCUGCUGGCCGAGGUGGCCGCCGCCAGCCUCCAGGACGCCCAGUCUCCGGGCGUGUACCUGCGGGAGGACCCCGUCUGUGGGGCGCAGCUCCAGAAUCAGAGCGAGCUGCGGGCACCCACGGCCGAGAAGGCGGCCUUCUACCUGGACGCGGCGCUGGCGGCCCGCAGCGCCGGCCGGGCCGGCUGCCCCGAGGACGCCCGGAGCAGCUCCCACAUGCUCUUCACGCUGCACAUCUACCAGUACCGCGUGGAGAAGAGCGGCCACGGGGGAAUGUCCGGAGGCCGCAGCCGCCUGCACCUCAUCGACCUGGGCAGCUGUGAGGGGGCGCCGGGCAGGGGCGGGGGCGGCCCGCCGGACCUGUCCCUCUCGGCCGUGGGCAGCAUCAUUUUGGCCCUGGUUGGUGGAGCCAAGCACGUGCCCUACAGGGACCACCGGCUCGCCCUGCUGCUGCGAGAGGCCCUGGCCACCAGCACCGGCCACACCACCAUGAUCGCCCACGUCUCUGACGCGCCGGCCCGCCACGCCGAGACCCUCAGCACCGCACAGCUGGCUGCCCGCGUCCACCGCCUGCGCAGGAAGAAGGUCAAGGGUGCCUCCAGCUCCUCGGGUGGGGACAGCUCCUGUGAGGAAGGCCGCGCCCGGCGCGCCCCGGCCCUGCCCCCCUUCCAUGCCCGCUGCGGGGCCCCCGACCCUGGCCGCCCGGCCCCUGGCUCACCCUGCGACCCCGACUACUCGUCCAGCAGCGAGCAGUCCUGCGACACGGUCAUCUAUGUGGGGCCCGGCGGGGCGGCGCUGUCCGACCGCGAGCUCACGGACAACGAGGGCCCGCCGGACUUCGUGCCCAUCAUCCCUGCGCUGAGCCGCCGCCGGCCGUCCGGGGGCCCACGGGACGCCGACCACUUCCGCUGCAGCACCUUCGCAGAGCUGCAGGAGCGGCUGGAGUGCAUCGACGGCAGCGAAGGCCCCGCGGGGGCCCCGGCCAGCCCGGCCCGCGGCGGCAGGCAGCCCUUGCUGCCCGAGGCUGCGGCCCCCAGGACAGCCACGGACACCCCGCCGGCUGCUGGCGCACCUCACGGCAGCCCCGGCCCAGACGCGUACCGGGGCGCCCCCGAGCCGGACGGCAGCACCAGGCCUGAGCAGCUCGUGCCUGACAGGGCCACGGGUGGCGGAGGCAGGAGGCCGCUGGGGCAGCCGGAAGCGGGCGGAGCCUCAGCUGAGCCCGAGGGCGGGGGUGCCGAGGGCGUGGUCCGGACACCCCCGGUGGGGAUGAGCGGGCAGGGGGGCUGCCCCCGGCCGCCGGCGAGGGGCCGCCUGGAACGGGGCCUGCUGACCACCACGGUGACGCUGCAGCAGCCCGUGGAGCUGAAUGGCGAGGACGAGCUGGUGUUCACGGUGGUGGAGGAGCUGGCCCUCGGGGGGCGCCCCGCCAGCCUGGCCAGCUUCGGCAGCGACUGCUCGCUGCAGGCCCUGGCCUCGGGGUCGCGGCCGGUCAGCAUCAUCAGCAGCAUCAACGACGAGUUCGAUGCCUACACCGCGCAGGCCCCCGGCUCCUCCAUCAGCGCCUGGCUCAGCGAGGGCCGCGUCGGCACGGCCGACAGCUGCGGCCCCACACCGCAGCCGUGCUCGCGGGCCAGCCCGGACCCUUUCAGCCCCGGCUCCCCCGCCGGGCCCGCCCCUCUGGGCCCCCCGAUCCCGGGCAGCUCCCCGGAGCGGGACAGACCGGGCAGUUCUGGCCCCGUGGCCGCGGCAGCUGCUGCCCAGCCUGGCAGGGAGCUCCAGCCCGUGUCCCCGUGCGCGGCAGCGCCCCCCAACACCAUCCAUUCCAGCCUCCCCCGGAAACCCAGGACUACCUCCACGGCCAGCCGCGCGGACUGCCCUCGCCUGGCCCUGAGCCCGCCGGGCCCCGGGGGCCUGUUCGAAGACCCCUGGCUGCUCCGGGCAGAUGGACGUGGCCCACCCCUGGCGGUCCCUGCCAGCAGGCCGCCCAGCCCGGCCCCGCUGCUGGCCUGUGCCCGGAGGGUGGUGGACGGCUGUGAGGUGGCAGCCAGGGCUGUCCACGGGCCGGAGGCCGGGGCGCAGAUCCCUCCGCUGCGGAGAGGGGCCACCACGCUGGGGGUGACCACAUCCGCCGCGCCCUGCGGGGAGGUCGCGGCUGAGGCGGGGGCCUGCCUGGGGAGCCCGAAGGCCGCCUGCAGUGGCAAGAAGAGUGUGGCUCCCAAGGGUGCUCUGUUCCUGCGGCCCGGUGGGUCGGCGCCCCCGGCCCCGCCUGUGCGCAAGUCCAGCUUGGAGCACAAGGCCAGCCUAGCGCCCGCCCCUCUCCCGGCGGGGGGCCUGGCCCGGACCGGGGCCGUGGCCUUCUUCCCCGCCGAAGAGGAGGCCAGGCCUGGCAGCCGGGCCGACCACCCUGCCUCCAGGGCCACGUCCAGCCUGAAGGCUCGGGCUGGCAAGGCGGAGGCUGCGUCCCGGCCCGCCCCCCACGGGUCUCUGGAGCGGUGCGAGGGGCCGGCCCACGGCAGCGGCAGGGCCAGGGAAGCGGCGGGGAGGCCUGCCCGUGCCGUGCCCAGGCUGGGUGUGCCGCCCUCCAGCCCUGCCCCCGGGCCCGCUCCCGCCUGUAAGGGCAGCCCUGCGAAGGGCGUGGGGGCCCCCAAGUUCCCCGCCGGUGGGGGCAAGGGCCGCAGCGUGGCCGGCAGCGGGUCGAGGGCUCUGGGGGCUUCCGCCAAGCCGCUGGCCCCCGUGGCAGGCCGGACCCCGGGCGGCCCCGCGGCGGGUCCCCGGGUGGCCCCGCGGGCGGCCCCUGGCGUCGGCACCAAGGCCGGCCGGGGCACCAUCAUGGGCACCAAGCAGGCGCUGCGGGCCGCCCACUGCCGCGUGAACGAGCUGGCGGCCGGCGGGGCCCGCGGCCGAGGCAGCCCCUGCUGGGCCUCGGCCGACUCCGACAGCGGCAACGACAGUGGCGGGAACCUGGGCGAGGAGCGGCCUCCCGCGGGCCCCGCGCUGCCCUCCCCCUACAGCAAGGUGACGGCCCCUCGGCGGCCCCAGCGCUGCAGCAGCGGCCACGGCAGCGACAACAGCAGCGUGCUGAGCGGCGAGCUGCCGCCCGCCAUGGGCCGCACAGCGCUCUUCUACCACAGCGGCGGCAGCAGCGGCUACGAGAGCAUGAUGCGCGACAGCGAGGCCACCGGCAGCGCCUCCUCCGCUCCCGACUCCCUGAGCGACAGUGGGGCCGCCUCCCCGGGCGGCCGCGCCCGCAGCCUCAAGUCCCCCAAGAAGAGGGCCACAGGUCUGCAGCGGAGACGGCUGAUCCCGGCCCCGCUGCCCGACGCCGCCGCCCUGGGCCGCAAGCCCAGCCUUCCCGGGCAGUGGGUGGACCUGCCCCCGCCCCUGGGGGCCUCCCUGAAGGAGCCCUUCGAGAUCAAGGUGUAUGAGAUCGACGACGUGGAACGCCUGCAGCGGCACCGUCCGCCGCCUCGGGAGGACCCGCUGCCGCCCCGCCCCCAGGGCCCAGUGUGUGUCAGCGCGAAGCUGCGGCUGGCGGAGCGCCGGCAGCAGAGGCUGCGGGACGUGCGGGCCAAGCGUGAGCUGCUCUGCGCGGAGCUGGCCGCGACGCAGGGCCGGCUGAUGCUGGAGCCGGGCCGCUGGCUGGCGCAGUUCGAGGUGGACCCUGCGCUGGAGCCCGAGUCUGCGGAGUACCUGGCAGCGCUGGAGCGUGCAACGGCUGCCCUCGAGCAGCACGUGAACCUGUGCAAGGCCCACGUCAUGAUGGUCACCUGCUUCGACAUCAGCGUCGCCGCCCCGGCCGCCACCCCGGGGCCGCAGGAGGUGGACGUCUGAGGCCGGGCCCGGGACUCGGGGGAGGGGACGUGCAGGGCGUGAGGACGGCACGUGGGAUGGACGGCGGAUGUGGCAGAGGAUGGAGGGACGUGCGCGCGGAGGGUCCGGCGCGGGGCCGGCUCGGAGUGGAGGGGAUACGAGGGAGCGGUGCGGGCGGGGGUGUGUGCGCUCAGGACGCGGCGACGGUCCCCGCCCGGACAGCAACGCAAGUGCCUUUAUCCUGGACCAGGGCUUCUCUUCCUUUCACGUUUGGUGCUAAAAACU